AUGGCUCCUAAAAAAGAUACAAAGGAGACUUCAACUUCAGCAAAGAAGAAAGACACAACUGCUCCUUCAACAACAGCAGCAACUGCCAGUGUAAAAAAACCUGUAAAAUCAACUAGUGAUACAUCGGGAUCUGGUAAAGAUGGUACUAAAGUGGUUUCAAAAGACCGUAAGGAAAAGGUUCAAACAAAAGCAUUGAAAGCCAAACAACGAGUUGUUCGUGGUAAUCAAUUGACACGUAAACGUAAAAUUCAUACUAAACCAACAUUUCGUCGCCCAUUUACAUUACGUUUAAAACGACAGCCUAAGUAUCCUCGACGAUCAGUACCAAAACGAAAUCGUCUUGAUCAUUUUGCUGUUAUUAAAUAUCCAUUAACAACUGAAUCGGCGAUGAAAAAAAUCGAAGAUAAUAAUACAUUAGUAUUUAUUGUCAAUAUUCGUGCUAACAAACCAUUGAUUAAACAAGCUGUCAAAAAAAUGUAUGAUGUUGAUGCUGAAAAAGUCAAUACAUUGAUUCGACCGGAUGGUGAAAAAAAGGCUUAUGUCAGACUCAAAGCUGAUCAUGAUGCACUUGACGUUGCUAAUCGUAUUGGUAUCAUAUAA